AUGAAGAAUUCCAAUUGUCAGACCAUUAUUAGGAGCUGCACUUUAACAGCCAUGUUAAUUGCAAUGAUUCUGAUAUUUAUUGGAUAUUCGCACGCAGCAGCAGCUGCGAAAGAGCCUCCGGCAUUCUUUUUAAAAAUUGCCAAAUCUAUUCCACGCAUUGGUAGAAGUGACAAUGCUCUCGUUGCAAAUUCAAAUGGGCCUCACGAUGAUCCCUGGUACGAAGAUUCGGAUCAGCUGAAUGAAAUUGUUAAAAGAAAAAUUGCCUAUACAUCGGAAAGCGAUACAAAAAAUUGGCAACACUUUCCAUUAGCGAUCGAAGGACCACCCGAAUUAUGGAGAACGUUGGCUGGUUACAGUAGUAACGAUCCCCUUCACAGAUCAUUAAACGAAUUCGAUAAUGGAUUAUGGCCGAGAGACAAAAGAUCGAGUAAUCUGCAGCCAUGACGAUAAUUCUGUGCAAAAUGUAUUCUUAUUAUGCUUAUUUUCGU